UUUUAACAUGCGUUUCCGGUUGUCACCGGAAGCACAACAUGUGUCUAACAAUCAAGUGUUCCGGUAGAUCUGCAGGAUUAUGGCAAUUGUGGAAUGGGAUGGAGGUGUGACAAUCUUGUUUUUAUUUAGUGGAUAAAUUACUGGUAAAAUGUCGCACGUUGUUACAUUCAGAGCACAGCUGGCCUCAGUUAUGGAUCUUUUAGCUAAAGCAGCGGUGACAGAACUGUGCAAACUUGUCGCCAUGGCCGAUGUUGGUCGCUCUGCUACGCUAAGUUUAGAAAUGACCUCCCGUUUUAAUGUAGAAGCUAAGGAAAAGUUACCGUUCAUGGUGGACAGCGAACUGACGGUGCAGCUGGCGUCCAAAAUGGAGCUCCUUACACAGGAGGCCCUGGAGAAGAUCGGCAGACUCGUGGAGGAGGGCUCGGCGGCGCUGCACCUGGAGGGGUCCCAGAGUCGGAGGGAGAACGCGGUCCUGAAGAGGAAGCUGCAGCUGAUGGAGAGCCAGCUGAGGACAGUGAGAGCGCACGGGGAGGGGAGAGCACCGGAGAGCUCAGCUAACACUCCCAGCUGCUCUGUGGGAGUCCAGGUUGGCCACGAACACGGGGGACAGGAAAUAGAGGAGCGUCCUCCCACGUCCAGCCUGUGGAGCGAUGGAGAGCCCUCGUCAGCGGAAGCGGAGACGACUCCACGUCAGUCUGCCAUCGUGAGAGACCAGUCUACAGACAUGGAGGAGGACAGGCAUGGACAACUUGUGAUCAAGGACAUUGAACCUGAGAUUGGUUUGGCAAACGGUGAUUCACAGAGAGGACUACUGAUGAGUGAGGAAACAGAUUCCGUAGAUGCCAGUGCUGAUGCUGGAGAGGUGCUCCCCGGUGAGGGUCAGCACUGUGGGGACGAACAGGACACACUGCGCACACCGGCGGAAAGCCAACAGGAACUGGACCCCCAGUCCAUACCAGCAGAAUUACGCUCGGACAUCGAAGACAGUCGUGCGCAGGAGACUUCCGCCGUGGUGAAGGACAAGACCAGUCGUCAAAAAGUAGGCAAAGAAAAGAAACUGUUCAGCUGCAAGCUGUGUGGAAAGAGGUUUGGCCGGCCGAGCAAUCUCAAAGCACACCAGGUCGUGCACACGAGAGAGAAACCGUUCAGCUGCACGCAGUGUGGGAAGAAGUUCACAGCCAAGUGCAGUUUGAAUGUGCACCAGCUGGUAGUGCACAAAGGAGAGAAACGGUUCCGCUGCGCACACUGCGGGAGGGUGUUCGGCACACAGAGCCAUCUUAAAGAACACCAAGUUAAGCGAAAGAAACCGUACAGUUGCACACAGUGUGGGGAGGAUUUCCCAGUCAAAUGCAGGCUUAAACAACACCGGUCGACGGUGCAUAAAGGAGAGAAGCCGCACAGUUGUGCACACUGUGCGAAGACUUUCGGAAGGGAGAGAGAACUGGCUGCGCACCAGAUCGUUCACACGGGAGCGAAACCUUUCUGCUGCGCGGAAUGUGGGAAGCGCUUCACAGCCAAGCGCAGCCUGAAUGUUCACCGUCAGACGGUGCACCGGGGAGAGAAACCGUACCGCUGUGACACGUGCGGCAAGACCUGCAGUCAGAGGAGUGGACUCAGAGCACACCAGAGAAUUCACACGGGGGAGAAACCGUACAGUUGCGCCAAGUGUGGAAAGAGCUUCUGCAGCUCCAGCGCCCUGAAGAUACACCAGAGAGUCCACACCGGAGAGAAGGCUUUUUCAUGUGAUGUGUGUGGGAAGUGUUUUAGUCUCGCGCCUAACCUGAAUAGGCACAAGCAGACCCACACAGGGGAGAAAGCAUUUAAGUGUGACAGGUGCGAUAAGAGUUUCACUCAGGCCAGUCACCUGAAAGUACAUCAGCGAGUUCACACGGGAGAAAGACCGUUUACCUGUGAAAUAUGUGGGAACAGUUUCAAUCAGAAAAGCGCUCUUAAAGUGCACCAGGCAGUUCACUCGUUGGAGAAACCGUACGGUUGUACAGAGUGUGGUAAGAGUUUUUCUUCUGCGACAUAUCUUUGUAAACACCAGCAAAUACAUACUGAAGAGAAACCACACAGUUGCAGCGUGUGUGGAAAGCGUUUCCGUACUGCAAAUAGCCUUACAGUACAUGAGCAAGUUCACACAAGUGGGAAGCCUUUUGGCUGCGAUGUGUGUGGACAACGCUACAGUUCUGCAAGUUAUCUUCAUACGCACCAUCUAAUUCACACUGGAGCGAAACCGUACAGCUGUAGCGAAUGCGGGAAGGGUUUCAUAAAGCAAAGUAGUCUUAAUGCGCACCAGCGGACUCACACAGGAGAAAAACCAUACAGUUGUCUUGAGUGUGGCAAGAGUUUUAGUGUUCCUCAGAAUCUGACUCGACACCAGCGCAUUCACACAGGAGAUAAACCGUUUGUGUGCGGUUUAUGUGGAACUGGUUUCUGCCAGGCAAAUAAUCUCAAAGCACAUCAGCAAACGCAUACCGGAGAGAAACCGUUCAUCUGCGAUAAGUGUGGGAAGUGUUUUUCUGCUCUGAGAAACCUUAAAGAGCACAAGUGUGCGUACGGUUGAGACGGUUUACUUACAAACCACAGUGGAGGAGUUCCGGCAGUCCACUCAGCCUUAAAGGCAUGGUUCACUUUAUGGAGUUUUUAAAAAUUAUUAUUUAAGAUCUGUGUAUGUUUUCAGUUGGCCCAGACUGGGUUUUUUGUGUGAUGUACUUAUUUUGGAUACUUAGGGAAGAUUCUGAUGACCUGACAUGCACAGCAGCUUUUAUAGUUGCCAUUCUCAGGUUUGUGGUUUAAAUAAAUUGAUUAAAUAAAUAAUAUCUCCAGAGCCUGUACAUACAAACACAUUCAUUUUAUUUUAUUCAUUUAAUAGCAUUUAUUCAGUUUUAAAGAUAAAUAUCCAUUUUAAUGUUGUACUGGCACGUCUUUUCUUGAGCACAGCAGGCUCAGGUUGCAUGAAUCUUACAAAACGGUCCCAACUAAAAAUAAGAUAAAAUACAAUGUUUUCAAAAGUAAUUAGGUAAUAUACACAUGUCCUCUAUAAUUGCUUUGGAAUUGCUAGACCACAAACCUGUUCAACAACUUAAGUGUAUUAUGCCUCCAAACGACACAUAGAGGAUCCCUAAACAAUAGUAAUAUGGUGUGGAUAUUCUGUUCAUGACAUUUACGUCAGUUCAAAUAUUUCCAUCGUUUUUAUGAAAUAGCUGAUGCGUUAUGGUACCAUUGUUUCUUUAGCCUUGCUGGAGGACAUUUAUAAAUAAUCAAGGACACAUUGGAAGUUGAUUUCAGAAUAAAAUAAAAUAAAUUAAGAGCUUAAGACCAUGAUUCAUACAUUCAUUACAUGUAUGAUAUAAAACUGUCUUUUACUGCAGGAAAAAUGUACUGAAUCUGUAGGAUUCAGUAUACUUGCACAUGUACCAAACUGAUUUUUUUUCUCGUAGCGGUUAAACGAGCUUCAUGUGAACGACAAUAUGAAUGCGUUUUCUGUCUCAAGCACAAAAGUACUAAUGGAUAAUCGCUAACCUUUGAAAUGUAAUUUUCAGUGUUACACACAGUACUUUCCCCCUCGUUCUGUACUUUUAGUAUUAAGAUAAAUAACUUAUGCCAUCGCGCUUCCUGGAGGGCAUUACUGCUUUAUUAUAAAGCAAGGGAUAUCAGCAGUUUAAUCUUUAUGAAAUGACUACAAAAAAUGUGAAUAUACUUGAUAUAAAAUAUUUUGGAUACGA